AUGGCGGAACAAAGUCACCACGCAGCUCGUGGCACUGCUUCCUAUACCCGAUCCAUUGGUAUCAGCCAGCGCGUAACACCAUUGGACGUAUCAUGGACGGGUGAAAUGCGCACGAGGUUCUCAGACUUCCAAGUCAACGAGAUUAAGGAGGAUGGCUCGGUUCUGCACCUCCAACAGGUUGGCCUUGCUGGCGAAGAGGCACCAGCGACAGAAGUGAAGAAGGAGUCGAAUGGCGAUUCGGAAGUCAAGGAAAGCAAACCCGAAGAGCCCGCGCAAGAUGCUGAGAAGCAACCUUCGAGCGAGACUGCGACCGAGACCAAGCCCGCUGCUCAGCCCGAGCCAGCCAAUGAAGUUUCACCCGAGGAUGCAGCCAUUCUCGAAGGCCUGACCGACCAGCGCUUUUCUCAAGAGCUGAUCGAGGUAUACAAGGCUGGUUCCGGUCCCGAUAACGACAAGAGGAAGUCGGUUACUUCAGAGCCUAUGGACGACAGAACAAAGCGAGGCCAAGUACACCAGGAGAUUCGACGCAUCUUCAAGUCACGCAUCGAUACCAACACCUCUGAUGAUGGCGCUAUUAUCGCAACUCUUAUUCCUCCACGAAAACCCAACAGCAAGAAGCGCGGUCGUGGUGGCGGCAGAGGUGGUGGCCGAGAGGAGAAGCCCGCUGGCGAGUACUUACACUUCACCCUCUUCAAGGAGAACCGCGAUACCAUGGAUGCUGUCAACCAGAUCUCUCGAUUCCUCAAGGUCAAGCCUCAAGUCAUUGGAUACGCUGGAACAAAGGACCGCAGAGCUUCCACAGUGCAGCGAUGUUCAGUGCGAUACAUGCGACCCAGAAACCUUGCCGGUAUUAACGGUAGGCUCUGGGGCGUUUCGACAGGAGACUAUGAGUACGCUGACAAGCCAAUUUACCUUGGUCAGCUUCUCGGCAACGAGUUCGUUAUUGCCAUCAAGAGCUGCCAAAUGGUUGGCGAGUCCAGUGACGAACCCGUCGCACAGCAGGUAGAGAAGCUAAAGAAGAAUGUUGAUUCUGCUCUGAGCCACAUGAACGAACAUGGCUGGAUCAACUACUUUGGUCACCAGCGAUUCGGAACCCACGAGGUUGGCACUCACCAAGUUGGUCAGCUGAUCCUGGGUGAUAAGUACGAGGAAGCAGUCAAGUCGCUGCUUCACUACGACGAAGAGAUUGCGCAGAAGGCUGAGGCAGACGAGAUCCCUGAAGAGCCUUCCAAGAGAGAUGAAUAUCUACGAAACCAAGCCUGCAUGCUCUUCCUCACAGAUAAGGACGUUGACCGAGCCAUCAGAAUCAUGCCCCGACGAUUCUCUGCUGAAAACAGCAUCUUCAGGCACUUGAACAGACAAGGAGCACAGUCACGACGCGAUUUCAUCGGAUCCUUGGUUCACAUCACCCGAGGUCUUCGCUCAAUGUAUCUCCAUGCCUACCAGUCCUACGUCUGGAACCAUGCUGCUAGUCGUCGAUGGGAGCUCCAUGGUGAGAGCGUUAUUGCUGGCGAUCUUAUCAUUGCGCCGACAGAGACAACGCCCCUCGUCAGCGGCCAGGAUCAAGAUGGUGAUGACAUUAUCAACCCCGUCGAAGACGACGAGGACACCCCUGUUCGCGCCCGCCCUCUCACAGCUGAGGAAGCAGCCAGUGGAAGCUACACCAUUUUCGAUAUCGUACUGCCUACACCGGGUUACGACGUUGUCUACCCCGAGAACGACAUCGGAGAGUUCUACAGGGAGUUUAUGGGCCGUGACGAAAACGGCAACCUUGAUCCUUAUAAGAUGCGCCGCAUGCGCCGCGAGUUCAGUCUCCCUGGCCGAUACCGCAAGAUUAUGAACCGUUUCCUCGCUACGCCUUCCGCUGAAGUCCGUGCCUAUUCCGACGAUACAGAGCAAAUGCACCCAACUGAUCUGGACAACAUCAAGGCGUCAAAGGGAGCCAACCGAAAGCGCUCUCGAGAAGACGCCGAGUCCGAUUCGACAGUCAAGAAGACCAAGGUCGAGGGCAGCACCGACGUGGAGAUGACAGAAGCCAGUGGUCAAGCUGCCGACGGAGAGGCUGCUACUGCAGAGAACGCUUCUGCUCCCACUGAGGCUACUCCUGUUGUUCAGGAACCUAGCAAGGUCGCAGUGGUCGUCAAAUUCCAGCUUGGGCGCAGUGCGUAUGCGACCGUUGCGUUGCGUGAACUCAUGGGAGACCCGCCUGCGGAUUCCGAGUAA